AUGGCGACAUCCUUCAUUGACGAGGUCACGAAGCUAUGGCGAGUGCGAAAAACAGUCUUCCAGAUGCUUCACGAUCGGGGCUAUUACGUGUCCGAAAAGAGCCUGGACGAAAAGAAGGAAGAGUUCGAAAAGGUGUGGAAGGAGGCGCAGGAUCAAGGUGCUGGUCGCGAAAGGUUCCUUAUCCUUGUGAACCACACAAACCAAACCGAUAAGCAGCUCAUAGUCUUCUUUCCCGACGAGAGCAAGCGCGUCGGUGUGAAGCCCAUCAGGAUACUUGCAGAAAAAAUGGACGAGAGAAAGAUCAGAGAAGCGAUUCUCGUGGUCAAGCAGCCGCUGACGCCGCUUGCGAGGACAGCCAUCCAAGAAGCAAGCGUGAAGAUGAGGAUUGAAGUCUUCCAUGAGAACGAGCUGAUUGUGAACAUCACGCAGCAUGAGCUGGUCCCGCAGCACGUUGCGCUUUCCGAUGAAGAGAAGCAACAGCUUCUGAACAGGUACAAGAUGAAGCCUUCCCAGCUUCCGCGCAUUCAGGUCACAGACCCCGUCGCAAGGUACUUCGGGAUGCAACGAGACCAGGUUAUGAAGAUCAUCAGGCCAUCAGAGACGGCCGGGCGAUAUGUGACAUACAGGCGCCUUCAGCAGGUUGGGGCGGUUGGGCCUGGGGCUUUGGAAGAUGGGCGGCCGCAGGCUCAGCCGCCAGCUGCCCUUACGGGAGACGUUUCCUUCCUGCCUUUGCUGCCGCUGCUGACUCGCAAGAUGGCAGAUGCCAGGUCUGCGCGGCCCUCUGAGCUUCACUCUGCGCUUCGGUUGGUGCUGGACGUGCAUGGUUUUCAGCUCUUCUUUUGCCCAGUCUUUAACGCCGAUCCUCAUCCCGGCAACAUCUUGAUGAUGCCGGAUGGUCGCAUUGGCCUCAUCGACUUUGGACAGUGUCGCAGGCUAUCCUCAGAGGAGAAGGCUGGUCUUGCAAGGCUGCUGCAAGCAGUGACAAAGCCAAGGUCGCCCGAGGCGGACCGAGAGGUGGCAGAGGCCUUCGAACACACCGGGGUCAAAAGCCAGCAUGGUGACAGGGAAUUCAUGGCCCUUCUGCCACGCCUGAUGUUUUCCCGCCUGCAAGCAGAAUGGCUUCAAGGUGACAUCAAGGAGGUUCUUCGAAAAGAUCGAAUAGUGGAGUUCCCGAUUCACGUCGUGAUGGCAUACCGCACUGCCAUGUUGCUUCGUGGACUCUGCCUCGUUUUGCAGGAAAACACUUCCGUUGCCGAAGCCUGGACUCCGUGGGCAGAACGAUGGCUGAACCAAGCCGGCGAUGACCGCCCCCGCCACUCCGUGCAUGCAGGCGGUGAUUGCAGAGUCUUUAGGCAUUGUCGGACGAUCUCCGUCUUAGCCGUGUCGGUGUCUGCCGCUCCAGCAACGUGUUGGGUUGGUGGCUUCUCUCGUGAGUUCUGCUGCGACGCGCAGCACGGCGAGGGGGGUAACCCGGCUUGCUGGGACAGCGUUUUCCAUUAUGAUCCCUGCUGCACUCGACCAGAUCCGCUUGAGGCAGAUGAUGCAGGCCACGAGAGCCUGACAAACGGCUUCCUGGUCGCGCUUGAGAGGAAAGUCGAUGCAGUUCUUGCAGACGGUGCCAGCCUGGAAUCGUUUGAAGGUGAUCUUCGACAGACAAUCCUUUCCCCAGAGCAGCGCUCUACGUCAGUGCCAACAGCAAGAGCUUUGCUGGCUGUCGUACUCGGGCGACUUGGAAGAAGCCAGGAGGCCGAGCAAGAGCUUGCAAUGGCCUCGCAUGACCUGUCCAUCGCACCCAGUGGAGCGUGGGUGGGCACAGAAGCUGCCGGAUACCACAUGCACGACAGGCCUUUCGCAGAAGCGCUGAUAACAUUCUUCAAGUCAAGGGAGGCAACUUCGGUUGCUGACUUUGGAUGUGGACUGGGGCUUUAUGUUCGCGACCUUCGAAGGGUCGGCUUCAGAUCUGGUGGCUUUGAUGGAAAUCCGGCGACGUGGGAGAUCACUGACGGCCGAUGCCUUCAGGCUGAUCUGAGCAAGGACCUGGACCUGGGAACGCGCUGGGACUGGGUCCUUUCCUUGGAAGUCGCAGAGCACAUUCCGCGACAGUUCGAGGAAUCAUUCCUUGACAACUUGGAGAGACAUGCUUGCUCCGGCAUGGUGCUGUCCUGGGGCAACCAGGCAGGAGAAGGCCACGUAAAUCUUCGCACGUCCGAAGAGGUAGAAGAUCUCAUGAAGCAACGCGGCUUCGAGAGUAUCUGGCCAAGCUUGCGGCUCCAAGCCCGUGGAUGA